AUGACAACCCAUGGUUACGCAGACAGAGCUACUCAUUCCUCGUGUUCCUCCCGCAAGAGUGAAUUUAGGAAGAAGCCGGGGAUAACUCCUCUUCCAGGAUUUCUUCCUACUUCCGCAGAAUCUAUCAGACUAGCCCUAAGCCUCUCGCUGCAUGGAAUGCCACAUGAUCGGGUGUUCGGAGUGUACAAGGAGGGCUACUAUACUCUUAUCAACACAUACCUCUGGGAUAUAUCUCGAUUUAACCAGCUUAUAGACGCUUUCAGUGAGUAUUUGGUAGUGACACCAAUCUCUCUGGAAAGCUUUUCCACCGGCCUGGUCUCGUUUAUUAAGGUAUCGGAUGCUUUUUGCACCUUAUUAGAUUUUGUAAUCCUGAGUGAUAAUCAGGAGCUUCGCGAUAGUAUCUGUGCACUUUAUAAAGAAAAGUGCGCACAGCAGGAUUCGAACCUCUAUCCGUACGAACUGCAUGUCAAAGAGAUUUCUCAGCGAUACAUCGCUUGCAUCGACUCAGAGCUGCACGAGGGUCUUACUAAGCAGAAGAAUCGUUAUAGGAUCGCAUACACCCGCUUAUUGGAGAUGUAUUCUGAGGACAUAGCGGCCGUUAACCGGAUUCUUGGUAAUGUUGGGGCACAGUUUAUCAGCGACAGGAAUAUCUUAGGAUCAGCCGGUCUUUUCCCUACCAUUCUGACCUCUCGUCUGCUGUCAUUCAUCAAAACUUCUUUUCCACACAAUGCUGACCUUGCUCCUAGCCCAGUAGCCAUGCCACCUGUCCUAGACUUCCGCUCCUUUGACACAGGGUUUCCAGACUUCAGCAGCCGAUCACCUGUCGUGCGCGUAAAGUCUAUUCAGCAAGGACACGAAUACAGUGCCAGAAGCUCUACAUCCUACACUGCACGAAGGAGUUAUGCAGAUAACAAGAGCCAGCCCCUCUAUCAAGAUCCAAUCCAGCAAAAACCUAGUUUAUUCAACAUUCGGGCAGAGCUAUUGAACCUUAUGUCGGCAACAGAGACCCAAGUGCACACCGAUCACCGGCAGCAGCAACAUAUCACUCAGCGUUCCUCGGCUGCUGGCUUUUUCAUCAGAGAUGGAGCGGGCUUUGAAACGCAGCAUAUAAAUGGGAAAUCAAGCAUAGUAGAGGGACAAGGGAUAGAUGUGGGGUUGCAAACAGAGACAGAGAUAAGCCUUGGAGCUGCCGAUGCAGGCGUCUGGACAGUGCCCAUUGAUACCAGUGAUCAGCUUGUCAGUACAGACACGCAGCUACAGGUAGAUACACAGACACAAGUGGAGCUGGAGAAGCAGCGAGAGGUGGAGAUACAAACAGAAGCAGACGCAACGGUUAUGCACUCUCUGAGUGAGCUGCAUACUGCACUACAGAACAAGCUCGGAUUUGAUGAUUCUAUCACUUUGGCAUACACUCUUCUAGAACACCUUCUAGAGCAAGUACAUGAGGCCAAAGAACAGAACGUGUCUGACAGCAAUUCAGAGACAGGAGCAGAGGAUGCAGCAACACAAACCAUAACUAGUAGUCAAGAUGCUCUACAGGCAGAAACCUGUGGGACCAAUACGGUAGUAACGAAUAUGAAUUUGCACACAAGAACGUCGACAACUGGACCCCUUCAAUCAAACACAGAGCUUUUGACUCCUGCAAUACACGAGGAGAAGCCAUCGGAGAAUCAGUGGAUAGCACAUGACCCGGAGCAAGAGGAGACACCACUUGGGAAUGACCAUCUCUGGAAGCAAGUAUUCGAUCCUUACUUGGCACGAGUUUCAUUUGCCCAGUGCCUCUCACAAGAAAUUUCAGAUGGAGAGAACUCUCUGCAACCUAUUUUUGACACAUGUGAUCAAUCAUCUCUGAUCAUGUCUGCAGACGGAGUUGUUGGGGCGGCAAUCUUUUCAGUUUCAAGGUCUUUUCCAGAGUUUAUAUAUGAUACGUUGACGAGUAACAGCUCAGAGUUUUAUACAUCUCAGUCUCAGCUCCAAACAAUGGCUCAGAUGGAAGAGGGUCAUCCAAGGUACUGUGAGGCCGAACACAUGUCAGCUGAAUUGUCGGUAAAUAUGCAGCUUAAGCAUGCUCCUCAAGCAUGUAAAGAACAUAGCUACGAAAUACGCUACAACAACCUCUUGAGCAAGUACACAUCAAUGGAAGAGCAGUCCCUCAAACGGACUUUAGAGGCCGAGGAGUUACAAGCAAAAGUGGAUGCGUUGACAGAGGAGAUAGAAUCAUUGCGAGUAGAGCUACAGAGAGUGAGAGAUAGAUACGCAGUCGAUUGUCUAAACAAUUAUGGGAUGAUAGUGCAAGGGUCAAUAAGCGAGAACGAGGAUUUGUCCAAGGAUAGGUACUUAGCACGUGGAAAGUUAGAAGGGGAAGUAAUUGCUCAGACAGCAACCCAACAGGAAAAGGGGCACCAAUUGCCGAAGCAGGUGACAGAGAGUGCUGCCCUCUUCUUAACCGCUGACCUACUAGAAUCUAAACAAUCAAUAGAUCAUGAAGUUUGCAGCAGUACAGCAGAAAGGAUUGUGUGCUCUGUUAUCAGAAAUGAUGUCGUUGCGGGGGUUCAAGACGAGGAUGCGCUAGCAGAGAGCGCUAUUACAAUGCAGCCACAGGACAAGGCUGAACGUGACACAUUAGAAAGAGAAAGGGGUCUGCUGGCUAUGCAAGAAAAUACAUUUCUCUUGCAGCAACUCGAUGUUCUAGAACGACAAGAACAGACCCUUCUUGCUAAGCUUAAUCAGGUGUCAGAAGAGAGCCAAGCCAAGACCAAAUUGAAUAAGAACAUACAAAGCAUGCUAUCGACUAUCAGCCUGACUGUGAGUACCCAGUUGAGCGACAUGGAGCAGCUGAAUACUCUUGUUGACAGUAUAGAAACGAGUGCCUUUUCAUUGCGGCCAGAAAUAAAGAAGCUCCAUUCUUAUCUUGCCAAUACAGCCAGUGUGUCAUCUCAUCGGUCUUCUUCUGCCUCCUUUAUUGACUGCCUGGAUGACUAG